AUGCAGGAGGAGCCUGGCAUGCCUCAUGAAUCAGCAGAGGAUUUGUUUCAUUUCAACGUUGGGGGCUGGCAUUUCUCAGUUCCCAGAAGCAAACUCGCUCAGUUUCCAGACUCCCUGCUAUGGAAAGAGGCUUCAGCCUUGACCUCCUUGGAAAGCCAGAGGCUAUUCAUCGACAGAGACGGUUCCACAUUUAGGCAUGUGCACUAUUACCUCUACACUUCCAAACUCUCCUUCUCCAGUUGUGCAGAAUUGAACUUACUCUAUGAGCAAGCGCUGGGUUUGCAGCUGAUGCCUUUGUUGCAGACUCUAGAUAAUCUGAAGGAAGGGAAACACCACCUACGUGUACGGCCUGCAGACAUACCUGUUGCUGAGAGAGCAUCUUUGAACUACUGGCGAACAUGGAAGUGUAUCAGCAAGCCCUCAGAAUUUCCUAUAAAAAGCCCCGCCUUCACAGGCCUACAUGAUAAGGCACCUUUGGGACUCAUGGACACACCACUGUUAGACACGGAAGAGGAAGUGCAUUACUGUUUUCUGCCCCUAGACCUAGUGGCCAAGUAUCCAAGCCUGGUGACUGAAGACAAUCUGCUGUGGCUGGCUGAGACUGUGGCCCUAAUCGAGUGCGAGUGCAGCGAGUUCCGUUUCAUUGUGAAUUUUCUACGCUCACAGAAGAUUUUACUACCAGAUAAUUUCUCCAACAUAGAUGUGUUAGAAGCAGAAGUGGAAAUUCUGGAAAUCCCCGAGCUCACUGAAGCUGUAAGGUUGUACCGAAUGAACAUGGGUGGCUGUUCCAGGACCUCUUGUCCUCCCCCAAGCCCUGGGAAGGGGGGCCGUGCAGCAGGCCUGGAGUCUGUGAAGCCGUUGUACAUGAUGGCCCUGGGUCUGCUUGUCAAGUACCCAGACUCCGCACUGGGACAGCUCCGCAUCGAGAGCACGCUGGAUGGCAGUAGACUGUACAUCACAGGGAACGGGGUCCUCUUUCAGCAUGUCAAGAACUGGCUGGGGACUUGUCGGCUACCCCUGACUGAGACUAUUUCUGAGGUGUACGAGCUCUGUGCCUUCCUGGACAAGAGGGACAUCACCUACGAGCCAAUGAAAGUAGCCCUGAAGACUCAUCUGGAGCCGAGGACUCUGGCACCCGUGGAUGUGCUCAAUGAGGAGUGGACAGCAGAAAUCACUGUGUAUUCCCUCCAACAGAUCAUCAAAGUUUAUGUUGGAAGCCACUGGUAUGCAACCACCCUGCAGACCUUGCUGAAGUAUCCAGAACUUCUAUCCAACCCUCAAAGAGUGUACUGGAUCACUUACGGGCAGACCCUGCUGAUCCACGGGGAUGGCCAAAUGUUCCGACACAUUCUCAACUUCCUGAGACUUGGAAAACUGUUUUUACCAUCUGAAUUUAAGGAAUGGCCCUUAUUCUGCCAGGAGGUAGAGGAUUACCACAUCCCAUCCCUCUCAGAAGCUCUUGCCCAAUGUGAGGCAUACAAGUCAUGGACCCAGGAGAAAGAAUCUGAAAAUGAAGAAGCUUUUCCCAUCAGGAGGCUGCAUGUGGUGACAGAAGGGCCAAGGUCACUGGUGGAGUUCAGUAGAGACACCAAAGAAACCACAGCCUGCAUGCCCAUGGACUUCCAAGAAUGCAGUGACAGAACUCCAUGGAACAAGGCCAAGGGGACCCUGGCCAGAUCCGGCCAGACGGAGGAGUCUGAGCAGUACUCCCGGACCAUCCAGGUGUCCGUGUGCCGAGGUGCCAAGAGGGCGGGCAAUCCCAGCACAUACUCCCACUGUCCUGGCUUAUGUGCCAACCCCAGAUACUGGGGGGCCCACCCUGAGAGUCCUCCCAAGAAGAAAUGCACCACAGUCAACCUCACACAGAAACCUGACACCAAAGACCCUCCCAUCACCCCCAUGCAAAAACUCAUCUCCCUGGUGAGGGAAUGGGACAUGGUCAAUUGCAAACAGUGGGAAUUCCAGCCACUGCCAGUCCCCCGGAGCAGCUCCAUGGAGGAGGCUACCCUGCAGCUCCCUUCGGGAAGUGAGGCUCCUUCCCAGCCCAGCACCUCAGCUUCCUGGAAAGGCCAUUCCACAGGCUCAGAGAAGGACCUGGGCCCACAGGCAGGGGCUGGAGCUGGAGCCAAAGACAAGGGGCCAGAGCCAACCUUUAAGCCAUACUUCCCCAUGAAAAGAGCUGUCACGCCGAAGGACUGGGGCAAGCAGAAGCCAAGAGAGAAUGAAAGCCCUGGCCCUGAGCAGCCUCUGCCUGAGGCCAGUGAGGUGGAUAAUGCAGGGGUCAUCCUCAAAGUGGCCCAUCCCCCCGUGGUGGGCAGCGAUGGUUCCUGCAUGUUCUUUGAGGACAGCAUCAUCUAUACCACACAGAUGGACAACCUCAGGCAGGCACUGACUACAGCCAGCCCCCAGCCCAGAGAGGUGACUUUCCUGAGUUUCUCUCUAUCCUGGGAAGAGAUGUUUUAUGCACAAAAAUGUCAUCGCUUCCUGACUGACAUCAUCCUGGAUUCCAUCAGGCAAAAGGACCCCAAAGCCAUGACAGCCAGUGUGGUCUCCCUAACCAACCGGCUGUGGACCCUGCACAUCAGCCCCAAGCAGUUUGUGGUGGACUUGCUGGCCAUCACCGGCUUCAAGGAUGACCGGCACACCCAGGAACGCCUGUACAGCUGGGUGGAGCUCACACUGCCUUUCGCCAGGAAAUACAGCCGCUGCGUGGACCUGCUCAUCCAGAGGGGCCUGUCUAGGUCUGUCUCUUACUCUAUCCUGGGCAAGUACUUACAAGAGGGCUAG